CCGUGGCGGAACCUUUGUGCUGCGGCGGAACUGAUGGGACGGGUGACUGUGUGACACAGCGGACAUGGCAGACGGAGCGGGUUCGGGGAAAGUUUCUUCUUUCAUUGCUCCUUUUAGAGGACUUUUGCUGGAUUAUGUCCUGCCGGAGUCCUGCUACGACGAGUUCUUCCUCAACUUCAACUUCCUGGACGUGCCAUGUCUGAAGAUCGUGCUGAGCAAGGUCCUGGGGAUCGGCAUCAUCCUGGGAUCAGUGAUGGUGAAGCUGCCUCAGAUCCUGAAGUUGAUGUCAGCGAGGAGCGCUGAGGGGCUGAGCUUCAAGUCCGUGCUGCUGGAGCUGCUGGCCAUCACCGGGACCAUGGCCUACAGCAUCGCCAACCAGUUCCCCUUCAGCGCCUGGGGGGAGGCGCUCUUCCUCAUGCUGCAGACUCUCGCCAUCGGCUUCCUCAUCCAGAUGUACGGGGGACGGACGGCCAGAGGCCUCCUCUUCCUGGGCGUGUACGUGGGCCUGCUGCUCCUCCUCCUGUCUCCGGCCACGCCCAUGUCGGUGGUGACGUCCAUGCAGGCGUUCAACAUGCCCGCCAUCAUCGUGGGCAGGCUGAUCCAGGUAGCUGCCAACUUCCAAAACGGCCACACGGGUCAGCUGUCGGCCGUGUCCGUCUUCCUGCUGUUCGCCGGCUCGCUGGCUCGCAUCUUCACCACCGUGCAGGAGACCGGCGACGCCCUGAUGGCCCUCACGUACGUCAUCUCCUCCAGCUGCAACGGCGUCAUCGCCCUGCAGGUGCUGUACUACUGGAACAGCUCGCCGGAGCAGGCCAGGAGCCGGAAGAAGAGGGAGUAGCAGCGGCGGGAGUAACGGGGGACGGCAGUCACUUUAAUCCACCUGAGAACAAAUGAGCCAAUGAGCAGAGGGGCAGCCCGGGGGGGCGGAGACAAGCUUCAUGAUUGACAGCUGCUUCUGCUGGACUUCUCUGCUCUCCACUGUCUUUACAUUCCUGAUGCAGCACGGCUGAUCCACGACGCAGCAUGACGUGGUGGAGAUGAGGAAGAACCAGGAUGUCUGGAGUCAUCAUCAUCAUCAUCACCACCAUUAUCAUCAUCAUCAUCAUCAUCUUCAUCAUCAUCAUCUUCACUGCUGAUGAUCAUGGUGAUGAUGAUGGUGAUGAAUCUGAUGCUGAUGCUGCAGACGGCCGAGGUCUCAGUGGGAAUAAAGCCAAGUCUCCAACUCGUCUGUUAGUUAAAGCUGAAUCCAGAAACUCUUCUUCUCUUGUCCUGCGUCCAGCACUAGUUCCACUUUUCCUUUCUGAUUCUGGUUGAUUGUUUGGAUGUUUAUUUCUGUUUUUGUUUUUUUUUUGUUGUCAAAUAAAUGAGUUUGAAAAUAUCCAGUAAAGAUUAUUUGUUAAAUAA